AUGACUACUUUAGCAUCAAGUAUUGAGCAUAAAACAAAACAUCUAGCCGCGCCCUUCGAGAACGAUGAGAACCCUUGGAUGAAAAAAUACUGUUGCCAAUGCAAAUCAUGUAAAAUGAGUGUGCCUGUCCAACCUUGGCUGCCAAGGUUUUUUGUUUUUGGAAUCUUGUGCCCCGUUUUCUGGUUGGUGAAUCUUUUAGCCUGGUGGUUCUUACAGUAUUGGCAACCACAUGAAUUGGAAUUCCACGACUUGCAAGAAGACGAAUACCCAGGAUUUUAUGAAUAUGAAGCCAUAACUAAAAGAACGGUGAUACCCAUAAAGGAAGAAGUCCUCCAAGAGAUUCGCGUCAUGCAGAAUUUCAGUGAUAGCAACAGCGAAGAAUAUUACGAGAGCAAAGACGGUAUGCCGUCGUCUUUCCUAAACGUGAACACGGAACAAGUCGAGGACGAGAAUGACACCUUGAAAAAAUAUCGUUACGCGUUUUUGAAGAAGGUAGCCCACGAUGUGCUGGAGUCGCACGAUUUAUUACGUAAGACCUUCCGCGACUGGAAUUUACGGUCUUUGCUUGGCCUCCUCAUCGAUUCUAUACUCAUAAUAUUUGUAGUUCUCCUAUGUAAGAAAAGCCGUUAG